AUGGGCAGACGGGACACCACCAAUUCCUCUUCGGCCUCCAUCUCUUCAAGCAAAAGAAGCCUUAGUCGCCAGUCUUCAGCCUCUUCGUCACUAGCACAGAGGGUCGGAGACAGGGUUGCUGGUGAUUCCCCUCCACGCCAGGAUGUUGCUCUUCAGCCCCUAACAUCCUCAUCCUCCUCGUCCUCCACCACCAGAUCCACUGUGACUGUCUCACCCUCACACCCAGCCCUGCCAGUCCAAGACCAGGGCCAUGUCUUGCCAUAUCAGGUUCCGGCCUCUCAUCUGCCUCUCCCAUUAUCAUUAAGAACCGUUGCUACCCCGGCUGCAUCUGCAUCUACUCCUGCUUCUGGCCCUUCAUCAGUUCUCGUUGACUAUCAAGAUGCAGCCCUGCCCUCUGAACAUAUCGAUACCGAUGGCAGUCUAGAUGCGACCCUUCAACAGCCGGAUAACAACCUAGAUAUGGCCUCCAAGAAGACGCCCUUCUUGCGCUCCACCGCUGCUCGAUCUGAUGCUGCUCCUUACGGAUCCGUAUCACUAACGCCGAGUCGCAAUAAUUCGCCCGCUGGUAGCGAUCGCUGGGACCCCGAUGCCCACCCGCUUCGACAUGUUCCCGAUACAAUGCGCAGUGAAACCUCGCACCGCUCCAUGCUAAGCAAAAAGUCCUCCUCGAGAUUAUCCGAAGAGAUCGAUGGCGCCGUCCUUGUCUCUGGCCUCGAAGGCCGUUUGGGCAUUGCCGAACCUACACAUACGGGCAUUCUUGAAGGUAGCGUGAAGGACGAUGUGUCUGAGGACGGCGCACUGCUGGACGACAAUUCCUCAGCUGCCUCAGAUACCGAAUACCAGGAAAACUCUCCUCAUGAGGUUGUCCGCGCCUCUGUUCCGCCUACAGACAAUACCACUCUCUCCAUAAAUACACCACGCAUGUGGUGCCUCUCCGUCAUAUUUGCUGUUCUCGGCUCUUCGACCAAUCUGUUCUUCUCUUUAAGAUACCCUAGUGUUGCCAUUACUCCAGUUAUUGCCUUGUUACUUGUCCAUCCCCUGGGACAUCUGUGGGAUUUUGUGCUAAAACGCCCCUACGACCUAGAGGAAGAGUUUGUUGACGGUGUGCGGAUACCGGCCGUUGCAGACGAUUCGCAUGGCCUGCAUAAAGUUAAAAGACUUACACGUUGGAGGAGGUGGCUGGCGCAAGGUUCUUGGAACGAAAAGGAGCAUACGUGCGUCUACGUCAGCAGCAAUGUUGCUUUCGGCUUCGCUUUCGCGACGGAUGUAAUUGUCGAGCAGACCCAAUUCUAUAACCAGGAAGCUCCUAUCGUCUACCAGCUUCUACUCACUAUAUCGACGCAGAUCCUUGGUUAUGGCUUCGCAGGUAUCACGCGCCGGUUUCUUGUUCGGCCCAGUGGUAUGAUCUGGCCAGGCACACUCAUGUCAGCAGCCAUGUUUUCGACACUUCACAAACAGGAGAAUAAGCCCGCUGGAAGCUGGACUAUCAGCAGGUGGAAGUUCUUCUAUAUCGUCUGGACCAUAUCAUUCCUCUUCUACUUCCUGCCUGGACUGCUCAUGCCAGCGCUCAGCUACUUUAACGUUAUCACAUGGUUUGCACCAAAGAACGUUGUGAUUGCAAACCUUUUUGGAGUCUCCUCCGGCCUCGGUCUCUUCCCCCUUACUUUUGACUGGGCGCAAGUCACUUAUGUCGGAUCACCGUUGCUGGUCCCGUUCUGGGCUGCCAUGAACGUUAUUGGAGGUCUUGCUGUGGUGAUGUGGAUCAUUGCGCCCAUUCUCUACUACAGCAAUAUCCUCUUCUCUUCAUAUAUGCCGAUUCUUUCCGCUGCUGUCUUCGACAACAAGGGAAAGGUGUAUGAUGUCAGCAAAAUCCUUACCCCUGAAUUCGUCUUUGAUAAAGAGGCAUACCACAACUACAGCAGAGUAUUCCUACCAAUCACCUACGUACUGAGCUACGGUGUCCAGUUUGCCGGUUUGGCCGCGCUGUUAACACAUACUGCUUGUUGGCACGGCCAGGACAUUUGGAGUUCAUGGAAACUGGCCCUGAAGGAGGCCCGUGAGGAUGGACAAACUAAAUACGAACCCGUCGCGGAUUCUCCUGAUCAGCUACCUCGACAGUCGACCGACAACGACCAAAGACGGAUGUCAUCAUCUACUUCCCAUGUUGAUGGAAUUAUUAGUCGCGAAGAUAUCCACAGCAAGCUCAUGAAAAGAUACAAGGAUGCUCCUCUAAGCUGGUACUUGAUAACCUUUCUCUCCAUGACUGCCAUUGGUAUCUUCGUAGUCGAAUACUAUCCUGUUCACCUGCCGUGGUAUGGUCUCCUCCUCGCCCUUGGUCUUGGAGCUCUCUUCUUCAUCCCCAACGGCAUCAUCAUGGCUGUCACAAACCAACACAGUAGCAUCUACCUCAUUUGCCAACUUAUCUGCGGUGUUGUCUUCCCAGGUCGCCCCAUCGCAAACAUGGUAUUUGUCACAUACGGCUACAUCUCAUCAGCCCAGGGCAUCAAAUUCGCAUCUGAUCUUAAACUCGGCCACUACAUGAAGAUUCCUCCUCGUAUACUCUUCCUAGUCCAGAUCGUCGCGACUCUCGUUUCCUCUUUGACUCAGAUUGGUGUGCUCAACUGGAUGUUCGCCAACAUCAAGGGUAUCUGCACCGCGCAGGCCCUGAAUGGCUUCACUUGUCCCAUUGCAAGAGUCCACUUCAACGGUUCCAUCCUAUGGGGUGUUGUCGGCCCUAACGAAUUCUUUGGUCCAAAGGCCAUUUAUCGUUCGCUGGUCUGGUUCUUCCCCCUCGGCGCCCUUCUUCCCAUACCUCUAUGGCUCUACAGUCGAAGGCAUCGCUCAAGUAUCCUCCGCAAGGUGAAUCUUCCUGUCAUCUUCGGCGCCAUGUCCUGGAUCCCUCCCGCCACAGGCCUCAACUUUUCUGUCUGGGUACUUGUCUGCUACGUCUUCAACUAUCUCAUCAAGAACCGCCACAACGCCUGGUGGAGCAAGUACACCAUGACUCUGAGCGCUGCUCUCGACUCUGGUCUUGCUUUUGGUAUUGUGGUUGUCUUUUUCGGCUUUAUCUAUCCUGGAUUGGCGAAUAACCUCAAGUGGUGGGGUACCGAGGUGUACAAACAGGGCUGUGACUGGCAGGCUUGUUCGUAUAAAACUCUCCCAGAGGGUGAACGUUUUGGACCCAAAACGUGGUGA